AUGAGGAAAGAAUACAUACAAAGAGGUGCUUGCCAACCAAAGAAGCACAAAUUUCCUCAAACGGACUUCGGAGGAGGAUUGGUAUUUCGUGGUCAUGAUAAAUGUGAUAAAUCAAGUAACAAGGGAAAUUUUCUUGAACAUUUGAAUUGGAUUGCGGAAAACAAUGAUGAUGUGGGAAAUGUUGUUUUGAAAAAUGAACCUAAAAAUAAUCAAAUGAUUGCACCUUUGAUUCAAAAAGAGCUUAUCAAUUAUUGGACAAAAGAAACAACCAAGGCAAUUGUAGAAGAUCUUGGUAAGGAUUAUUUUGGAAUACUAAUAGAUGAGUCAAGUGAUGUGUCUGAAAAAGAACAAAUGGCUUUGUGUGUCCGUUAUGUUUAUAAAAAAAGAAUGAUAAAGGAACGGUUUCUUGGAAGUGUUCAUGUUGGAGAUACCACAUCUAUAUCUCUUAAAGAAGCUAUCUUUUCUUUGCUUGAUGAACAUUCUUUGAGUUUUUCAAGAAUUCGUGGGCAAGGGUACGAUGGAGCUCGUAAUAUGAAGGGUGAACUUAAUGGUCUCAAAACUUUAAUCAUGAGAGAAACACAAUCUGUAUACUACAUACAUUGUUUUGCUCACCAACUUCAAUUAACUCUUGUUGUCGUUUUUAAGGAAAAUAAAGAUUGUGGUUGGCUUUUUGAUACACUUGGAGAUUUGUUGAAUGUUGUUGGAUCAUCAUGUAGGCAAAAACAUUUGAUUAAAGGAAAACAAGCUGAAAAAAUUGCAAAAGCCUUUGAAAAUGGUGAAAUUGUGAUUGGAAAAGGUUUAAACCAAGAGCUUAGUUUAGGUAGGCCGGGUGAUACACGUUGGGGGUCUCAUUAUAAGUUGAUUUUUAAUGUGAUUGAUUUAUAUUCUACAAUACAUGAGGUGCUUGAUUUGAUGUGUAACGAUGCUCGAAAUGGUGAUGAUGCUCGAAAAGUCGAUAAUGUGAGUUUUGCAAUAGAGUCAUUUGAUUUUAUUUUCAUAAUUCACUUGAUGAAGAGAAUAUUUGGGAUUAUGAAUGAAUUAAACAAAUCUUUACAGAGAAAAGAUCAAGAUAUUGUCAAUGCUAUGUCACUUGUUACUUUAACUAAAGAAAUAUUGCAAAAUAUGAGAGAAAACGAGUGUGAGUCUUUUUUUGCUACAAUCACUUCAUUUUGUAACAAGAAUAACAUUGAUAUUCUUAAUAUGGAUGUUGUGUAUACUCCUCCGGGAAGAAAGAAGCGUUGUAGUUUGGAUACUACUAAUAUUCAUCAUUUUCGAAUUGAAGUGUUCUUGGGAGUUAUUGAUCUUCAACUUCAAGAGUUAAACAACCGGUUUGAUGAGGUUAGUAUAGAGUUAUUGACUUGUAUGGCUUCUUUGAGUCCACUUGAUAAAUUUUCUUCUUUUGACAAACAAAAGAUACUUAGAUUUGUUGAGUUAUAUCUCGAUGAAUUUACAAGUGUUGAUAUGCGGAGGGAUGAUAGAUUUUGGGUAUUGAAAGAUAUGGGUGAACUUUCCAUAAAGCUUGUCGAGACAAAGAAGCAUCAAGUGUACCAAAAAGUCUAUUUGCUCAUAAAGUUGGUAUAG